AUGACAACCACUUUAGCCGGCGGCUGGUCUUGUUCCUCGCACAGGAUGCACUUUAUAACCAAUCACAGCAACCAACUGCCCCAAAAUUUCUCUGGAGCAUCGAAUGCUACUACUUCCUGUUCUAUGGAUGAACAAUUACUAUCUAUUGUGUUAACCACAUUCUACUCUGUUAUUUUCAUCGUAGGACUGGUUGGGAACGUAAUCGCCCUCUAUGUCUUUCUGGGUAUCCACCGUAAAAGAAAUUCCAUUCAAAUUUACCUACUUAACGUUGCCAUUGCAGACUUGCUACUCAUCUUCUGCCUCCCUUUCCGAAUAAUGUAUCACAUUAAUCAAAACAAGUGGACACUGGGAGUGAUUUUCUGCAAGCUUGUGGGAACGCUAUUUUAUAUGAACAUGUACAUUAGCAUUAUUUUGCUUGGAUUCAUCAGUUUGGAUCGCUACAUAAAAAUCAAUCGAUCUAUACAACAACGGAAGGCAAUAACAACCAAACAAAGUGUUUAUGUUUGCUGUAUAGUGUGGACAAUCGCUCUUGCUGGAUUUUUAACUAUGAUUGUUUUAACACUUAAGAAAGGAGGGCAUAAUUCCACAAUGUGUUUCCAUUAUAGACAGAAGCAUAAUGAGAAAGGAGAGGCAAUUUUUAACUUCAUUCUUGUGAUAAUGUUCUGGCUAAUUUUCCUACUAAUCAUCCUUUCAUAUAUUAAGAUCGGCAAGAAUCUAUUGAGGAUUUCUAAACGUAGGUCAAAAUUUCCUAAUUCUGGGAAAUAUGCUACUACAGCCCGGAAUUCCUUUAUUGUACUUAUCAUUUUUACGAUAUGUUUUGUUCCUUAUCAUGCCUUUCGAUUCAUCUACAUUUCUUCCCAGCUCAAUGUAUCAUCUUGCUACUGGAAGGAAAUUGUUCACAAAACCAAUGAGAUCAUGCUGGUUCUGUCAUCUUUCAAUAGCUGCUUAGACCCAGUCAUGUACUUCCUGAUGUCCGGUAAUAUCCGUAAAAUCAUGUGCCAACUGCUUUUUAGACGAUUUCAAGGUGAAGCGAGCAGAAGUGAAAGCACUUCAGAAUUCAAACCAGGUUACUCCCUGCAUGAUACACCUGUGGCAGCGAAAAUACAGUAUGGUUCUAAAAGUACUUGAGGUGAACAUACUAAAAAGAAUGAGAUAAUACCACCUCUUAAUUUAGAUAAAACCACCUCGAAGAACUAAAAAAAUUAUGAAACAAAGCUCUAGCAUUUAAAAAACUCACAUCUUCUCUGACCACUGAUCAUAUUUGUGGUAUUUUGUUUGCUUAACUGUAAAAUAGUUCAUGGCAGAGAAAAGCUUAAACUCAUCACUGGAUUUUAAAUCU